CGAAAUUACUGUAUUUGAAUUACGCCUAUCGCCAUGUAAUAGGUGAUAGUUGGAAUUUGCAGCUUAUAUCCUAAAGUUUAUUUAGAACAGUGGUUUUCAAGUUGUUCGUAUAUUUCUUAACAUUAUAAGUAACUGAACAAAAUUGAGAGAAACCAUUGGUUCCUCUAAAACUGUUACCCAUACAAAAAUAAAUAAGUCUAAGUCUGAAAAAAUUGAAUAAAACAUCAUAAACUUCAAAUUAUCAACAACCGCGCACACACACACACGUCGGAGAAAAAAGCUGCUAAGAGAAAAAGUCUUUCAGCCUAAAAGAGAAAAAAGUAUUGUACCACACUAUAAGUAGCGUGUCAAGAUAAGAACGAAAUGAAACAGGAGACAAAAAGCUACCGCGUUCUCUACGAAUAUAGACUUUCGUGGAUACUGGAUAGAUUGUCAAUGAAAAUGAAAUUUUGCAGUUUCAUUCAUGUGGCCGUUUUUUCGUUGGCAAUAAACCUAUGCCAGGGUCAUGGAACGUGUUCGACAAAAAGAGAGUUCGAAUAUUGCGAUGAAGUGUACGAUGGAAAAUGUUACGUGUUGAUCACAAACGAUAACCGACUAAAUGUAUUCGAAGCCAGAGCGAGCUGUCAUGCAAUCGGAGCGAAUGCUGCAAAUAUAUACAGCAAAGAGCACUUUAAUAGAAUGGUUGCCUUAAUCCGAACACGCAUCGUCAUCGGGCUAAAUUAUCAUCACAUAUGGACGGGAAUGGAAUUGAAUACGAGUACAAAAGGAAUGUAUUUAUCCAAUGGAAACCCAGCUGACUACACACGUUGGUUUCCAGGUAGACCAUUCAAUCCUGCAAGAUCUUACGUCGGCAUUCACGUUCAAUCGGAUCCAAGUCAUGCAAGUCAUGGGAUGUUUGACGAAAAUGCUACCUACAAACUGCUUGGGGUUUUGUGUGAAAUAUAAUUAAAUUCACACCCCAAUAUUGCUUCCUCAUUCCAAUUCCCUUUGAACUUUGUACAUGUUUUGUAUAUACAUAGGUGACUGAACAGCCAACUGCUUUACUUUUUGCAAACAUUACGAUUGAAUUGUUUUUUUUUUUACAAAUUAUCCCCUGAAAUCGCCUACACAAAUAAGUAAAACCAUUUACAUUCGAAGAAUGAAUGAUCCAAAUGAUAGAAAUGUGUUAUGAAUUAAAUGGGAGCGGAUUUUUGUUAUAUGUAAUAAAAACAAAAACAGUAAUGAUA